GGUGUUACGAAAGGGCACGAGACGCCAGAUAGUGACAUUAAAGCCCCUCGAUGCGCAUGUUUCCCGCGCAAAUCACGACUACGACAUACUACAUACUUCCCCCACCACCGGUAAAAUAAUAUCGCGAAUCCCCCGCGAAACCGGAAGACCCCGGGCAGUUGGACAUCGUGGUUAACGCUAACUGUCGAUAUGGCGACGUUCAUACCCGCGACGUGACUCGCGAUCGUUUUUUACUCUCUAUUGUUAUUAUUUCUACUAUUGCUAUCAACUUUACCUCAACUAUUCCUGUUAUUGUUCCGUCAACAAACUGUCCGUGUUAUCACUCUCCCGACCCUGUUUAAAUUUGAAUAAUAAAGCGCUAUAAUAAAAGCAUGUGUCGAAUGCUAAAUUGUGAGAAGUGAGUUUUUUUAAAAAAAAUUUUAUUGCAAGACGCAGAUAAUCUUUUUAGUGAAACCACAAUUAUGAUUCAUCAAAAUUUGCAAAUUGAGAAUAACGAUGAGUUUGCAUCAUCGCUACUCAUUAAGUAGGAAAUGACGCGUUUUUUAAAUAAAAAUUUUGCUCGUCUUUUAAAGUCAUCUACUGGCUCUUGAGAAUUUAAUUCAUUACCGAGUAAUUAUUGUUGUUGUUGUUGUUGUUGUUAAUUGCAAUUAUUUAACGGUGAGAUUUAUUAAGACUAGGUCACAGACUGCACUAGGGUGACCGUGUCGUUAAUGAUUUAUAUCCCUCGACUUCUAAAUAUACACAAACGACACGUACCUCGUAAUAGCUUCAAGUAGUUAGUGAAGCGUAGUAAGAAAGUUUUGUUGAAAAUAUAAAUAAACAAAGUUGUCGGUUAUUUUUGGGCAUGGCCUAAAGUCUCAGCACCACUCAUCCUAAAGUAAACUCAACUCGUUCGACCAACGUGAUCAUACUCGUCAGUUGCCUCGGUAUUUUUUUCCUCAUAAGUUUACAUAUCGAACCAGAAUGGGGAUUUUUAUUUAAAAACUGCGACUGAGUACCGGAGUUAUGGCGACACAGAGAUCCUCAUUAGAGUAAAUCCGUUCUAAAUGUCCAGUGGGCGGGAUAAUGACGUUUAUUAUUUAAUUAUGUGAUGAUAUAUAUUUGAAUUAAAUCCAAUUCGCUAUUCACAAGACGUAAUGAUUUAAGUACGCAGUCCUAUUUCUCGUGCCCACGAGUUGUUAUUUAAUAACAGUGAUUAGUUUGAAUUAUUUAUAAAUGUAUAUAUAUGUGUGUAUAUAUGUGGGUGAGUAGUAUGGGCAAUUAGUGACGAUGUCCGACACAAGUGCAGGUGUGGGAGCUGGGACAGGUGAUGGUGUGGGUGCGGGUGUUUCGGGCUUGGAAGACUUGAUAUUUUUUCCGGGUAGUUUGAAAAGGUGCGGGGGUGGUAUGAGUUCGCCAGCAUUAGGCGGUAGUAAUGACGAUGCCACUGUUGCUCGUGUUGUUGGAAUGGUUGGUAAUUUAGCGGGUGCUGUUGCUGGAUUACCACGUACACAUUCCAUGUCUGCAUUAAGGUCGAAACCGACACGACGGGCUGUGUUUUGGGAGCAACAGUGUUUUGCUUCACCAACCAAACGAGAUUUUCAUGGCGAAGAUCUCAUCGUUACGCCAUUUGCCCAAGUACUUGCCGCAUUACGAACUGUUAGAACAAACUUCCUACAACUCACAAAUGUACCAACCAACAAAUCCCGUAGAAGCAGUGGGGCACAGGGAAGUAAUACACCACAGCCACGUGUUUGCCUGGUACCCGGAGAUGAAACCUACAUGAAAAUAGCCAUGGAUACAAUGGAAGAACUUGACUGGUGUUUAGAUCAGUUGGAAACUAUUCAAACUCAUCGGUCUGUUUCAGAUAUGGCAUCUCUUAAGUUCAAGAGAAUGUUGAACAAAGAGCUCAUCCACUUUUCGGAGUCUUCUAAAUCUGGUAAUCAAAUAUCCGAGUAUAUCUGCAGCACUUUCCUUGACAAACAACAAGAAUUGGAUUUGCCCUCGCUGCAUGUUGAGGAUGCAGUAGUAGCCGGCAUUUCCGGCGAGUCGAGAUCAGCGAAGAAAAAAGAACGAGCUCAGCGAGGUCCAGCAGCGAUGUCCCACAUCAGCGGGGUCAAACGUCCACUGACUCACACCAACAGUUUCACCGGGGAGCGAGUCCCUGUUCACGGGGUGGAGACACCCCACGACGAAGAACUCACCAAGGUAUUAUCGGAUGUCGACAAGUGGGGCAUCGAUAUAUUCAGGGUGGCCGAGCUGAGUAACAAUAGACCAUUGACCUGCGUAGCCUACACGGCAUUCCAGAGCCGCGAUUUGCUCAAAUCACUCGCAAUACCGCCCAAGACUUUUGUUACCUUUAUGAUGACUCUUGAGGAUCACUAUGUCAAGGACAAUCCCUUCCACAACAGCCUUCACGCGGCCGACGUAACACAAUCGACGCACACGCUGCUCAAUACGCCCGCGCUUGAGUCCGUCUUCACACCACUGGAAAUCAUGGCCGCCUUGUUUGCCGCGACAAUUCAUGACGUUGAUCACCCGGGUCUUACCAAUCAAUUCCUCAUCAAUUCCAGCUCGGAGCUGGCGCUGAUGUACAACGACGAGUCCGUGUUGGAGAACCACCACCUGGCAGUGGCUUUCAAGCUCCUGCAGAACGAGGGCUGCGACAUAUUUGUCAACAUGUCGAAGAAGCAGCGUCAGACUGUGAGGAAAAUGGUGAUCGACAUGGUCCUGUCGACGGACAUGUCCAAGCACAUGUCCCUGCUAGCCGACCUCAAGACCAUGGUCGAGACCAAGAAAGUCGCGGGCUCUGGUGUCCUGCUGCUGGACAACUACACAGACCGGAUCCAGGUGCUAGAGAACCUGGUCCACUGCGCCGACUUGUCGAACCCGACCAAGCCCUUGCCCCUCUACCGUCGGUGGGUCAGCCUGCUGAUGGAGGAGUUCUUCCAGCAGGGAGACCGCGAACGCGAGCAAAACAUGGACAUCAGUCCCAUGUGCGACCGACACAACGCUACCAUUGAAAAGUCACAAGUCGGAUUCAUCGACUAUAUUGUGCAUCCGCUGUGGGAAACUUGGGCUGACCUCGUUCAUCCGGACGCCCAGGAUAUUCUCGACACGCUUGAAGAGAACCGUGAUUGGUACCAAUCUAUGAUACCUCCCUCGCCCCCCUCUGAUGACCAACAGGGAAGUGACCAACAGCUCUCUGACCGUAUUCACUUUCAGGUGACGCUGGAAGAAGGCGACGAGACGAUUGAGAACAUCGACGACGACGGGGACAUGAGCGGUGAAGAUCAAGAGGAAGCCUCAACGGAGCCUGGGAUGUGACGGAAAUUGGCGGGUAUUUGCAAAAAACUACACGAAAAGUUUCAGCAGUCAUGGUGGCGAGCGCACCCAUAAUCGCCCACUACUUAGUUAUCACAUCAGAAUUAAACCAUGCUUUUAACCAAAUAUUAAUAUAUAUGUGUAUAUAUAUUCACCACUAUAUAGAACAGCAUAUAUGCAUGUACAUUUAAUGACAGGUGACGAUGGUAUGAUAUCUGCAUGAAAGUAUCUUAGCUUAUUAGCAGAUUGUCGGCAGGACCGUCGGCUGGACCGACUUUAAAUUGUAACUCGAUAUUUUACCACCGUCUCCACCACAAUAAUAAUAAAUUUAACUUUAACACAAAUAAUAAUAAUAAUAAUAAUAAUAAUAAUAAUAACCUUAAUAUUAACGUGUGAUUUUGUAUCACCAAUCCAGAGGAUCAGAUUUAAAAAAAAAAAACUCUGCUCAUGUAUGAACUAGACUCGUAAAGAAAAAAAUACAGUAUACUGGAGAAUGAAUCUCAACUUGUACCUGUUGGGCAUGACCAAAAGCAUCGGAAGAAAGUGUUUAUCCAAAUAAAUAUUAUAAUUGUUGAGCGGAUAUUAAAUUUAAACGGAUCAACAGAAAGUCGUUUUGAAAUGUUAAAUAUCUCGUUCAGUCGCCGCAUAUUAUUACAAACGACAUAUCAGCUGAAAGACGUAUAUGUUAACAAGUAUAUAUAUAAAUAAAUAAACAAAUAAAUAAAUACAUCUAUACAAAAACAAUAAGUAUGUGUAUGAAAAAAAAAAAAAAAUGCUUUCAAGUACGAGAUAAAUCUACUGAAAGCUCCAGGAUCUUCGCUAUCGAUCUCACUGUCAGCUUUAUAAUUUAUCAAUGAACCUUUUUCCGGGAUUUCAUGUCCGUACUCCAAAGUCUAUCCGAGUUAUUUUUUUAUUUUAAUGCUUUACGAAAAUCGUUUGACCGGUAGACCAAAGGAUAAGCAAAAAUAUAUAAUAUAUAUAUAUAUAUACAAAAAAAAAAUGUUUAUUUAAAUUAUUGUUUGUAUUUAAUUAAAAAGAUCCGCCAUAUCGUCCGCGUCUGUGUAAUCUCUAUAAAUAUAUGAAAAUUAAUUAUAAAAAAAAUAAUGAAUCUGUUGCGAAUGAGCCAAGUGAUAUAUCGCAGAGCCGGUCUCUGUGAGGUUUAUGCACUAAUUCAAAAAUAUAUUAUUUUUUUUAGUUUACAUAUAUAUAAAUAUAAAUAUAUUAUUUUUAAACUAACGCGCAAAGUAAAUUUAUUAUUAAUUACAAACUAAUUAUCGCGCCGUACUUUUAACGUACAAUUAUUUUAUAACCAAAGAAUAUUUAAUCACUUUCUUUAUUAAUGUAUAUUUUAUUUGUGAUUAAAUAUGUUGAUCAUAUAUAUUUUAUUUAAAAAGUAAAGUAACAAAAACUUCCAUGUUCUGAGGUCUGAAUUUAUUUUAAAAUUAAAGUGGAAAAAAAAAUGACAUUUGAAUUAAUGUUGAUAAAUAAAUAUGAAAAUUAAAGCAUUAAACGAAGAUUAUCUCUGAUAUGUAUAUGUAGUGAUAAAUAUAACUGUAUUAUAGAUGAAUGGAUGAUAAAAAAAAUGAAAAAUCAUAAAAAAAAUGUAUCAGUGUCUCAUAAUUUAAUUAUUUGAUUAUGACGUUCAAGUGAUAACUAGUAUACGUGCGCGUGUGUUUGGUGCUGGCCACCAACUAAUAUACAUAUAUAAAUAUAUAUAUAACAUAUACAUAAAAUAAUUGGGUCUAUUGUUACCGAGUAGUUACAAUAUUUAAAAAAAAUCUAAAACAUUUAAAUGGAACCUCGCGUACGCGGCUGAUUAGACUUGAGGUAAAAAUAUAUGACUCUAAUAUAUGUAUGAAAUUAUAUAAUUAAAGUAUUUAUUGCUAAGUGAUUAUUAUUUAUCUUCCAUUGGAAUAAUUGUACAAAAUGUUUAAAAUUAUAAAAUAAUAUUUAUUAUUGAGAAAGUUACUGACGUCCCGCGGAGUUUUACCGCGAGGAGAAUAAAUUUUUUAUUUUUCGUUUUUUUAUUUUUUAAUUGUUAAUUUAUAUUCGUUUAAAAGAAAUAGCUCUGCGAAAGGAGCAUGAAUGCUGAUGAAUUUGUAAAAAAUAUUAACAAAAAUAAUAUUAAUAAUGAUGAUUGAUUGAAUUAAACUACCGGGUGCCCAGGGUAAAAAGUCAUGAUUAGAGCAAAGCACCCGUAACUUUUGAUAAUCGUCAAAAAUCUGAUGAAUAAUAAUAAUUAUAAUUAUAAUAUUGAUGUAAUAAUUAAAAAGUGAGCCGGUUGAUAUAAUUAACAAUGCAACAUAAUAAUAAAUAAAUGAUUGCAAGUACAUCAUAAAUUGAAGAGUUUUGAUGGAAAUAUUGUGAGUAUUUUAGGCUGAUUUUUUGAGAAUCGCUUCGAGAAACGAUUACCAGAUUGUGCAAUAGUUAUCGAGAAUGAUAAAUUAAUAAUAAUAAUUAAUGAUUAAUGAUAAAAUACAAUGUGUUUGAUUGCUGGACAGUUAAAUGGCAUGUAUUUAAAAUAUCGUGUAACCUCGUACGAGAUGUAUGUCUAUUAAAAAACAUAUUUAUUGUCGAA